AUGUUCAGCGACAACGAACAAGUCGCAAUCAUUGGCGGUGGACUUUCGGGAAUUGCCAUGGCGCUUUGUCUUCAUAAGCUCGACAUCCCCGCCACUGUCUACGAGAUGCGAGAAACAGAGCGAGGGGAGCGCACAUCUGGCGGUGGGAUGAUGAUAGGGGCUAACUCUCUGGCGCUCCUCGACAAAUGGGACGUCUAUGAAAAGAUGGUGCCUCGUGGAUAUCCCUUUGAGCGAGUCUAUUACAAGAACGCGCAAGAGGAGACCAUCGACUCGUUUCCCUUCGGCUCAAAAGAGCGAGAUGGCUACGGCAGCCUCCGCAUCUAUCGCCAACAGCUCCUGGAUGCAGCCUAUGAGACUUGCAGAGAGAAGGGCAUCAAUAUUCAGUUCAAUAAGAAAUUCUCCCAUGUUGUCGAAGAGACAGAUAACGGCGUGACCUUCGAACUUACAGAUGGAACCACUCACACGGCUGCUUUGCUCAUCGGAGCAGACGGAAUUCAUUCCAAGAUCCGCGACUACAUUCUCCCUGGAGUCAAACCCAAGUUCUUGAACCUCAUGGCCGUAACAUAUGAGGCUGCGGCGGCUCAUCUGCGCGUCCCUAAAGACAAAGAUUACAAGCUACCCGUGCAAGUAACAACAGAUAAAGGAAUCUUCAUUCUCGCACCGCAGACGCCCGAUGGCAGUCUGAUGCUGGCCGGAACGCAGUACUCCACGCCAGAUCGCACGCGAGAGGAGUGGGCCGCGCUUCUCAAAGACACUGAGGGCCUGAAGCAGCUCAUUCGGCGAGAUAUUGACUCGUAUCCAGAUAUCAUCCGAUCUGCACUGGAGAACAUCAAUGGAGAAACGUUCAACGUCUGGCCGUUCUACCUGUUGCCCCAGCUCGAGCGCUGGACAUCACAACCGCACCGGCGCGUCGUUAUCCUUGGCGAUGCAGCGCACGCCCUUCCGCCCACGACAGGGCAAGGAGCGUCACAGGCAUUUGAGGAUGUAUACACACUCGGAUUAUUGAUUGUGCGACUACGAGCGGAGCCGAAGCUACGAUGGGAGGAGGCUCUGGAGUUCUGGCAGAAGAUGCGCCAAACAAGAAUUGACGACCUGUUGCUUCUCACGAAACAGAUGAAUAACAAGCGUCUCCCAAUGAAUCAACAGGCGCUACUGAGUGGGGAUGACAUCUGGGUCAACGAGCUGGAUAAAAAUCCAGGGCAGAUGGACUGGCUUUAUCAGCCAAAACUUACUGAGCAGAUUGAUGCUUGGGUUGCGGCAGCGUUGGAGAAUGGUGUUUAA